UGACGGCCAGGAUGUGAGAACGGGAUCAUGCCUCUGGUCAAGAGAAACAUCGAGCCCCGGCACCUGUGCCACGGCGCCGUGCCCGAUGGGAUCGGUAGCGAGCUGGAAUGUGUAACCAACAACACGCUGUCUGCCAUCAUCCGCCAGCUCAGUAGUCUCAGUAAACACGCAGAAAAUGUUUUUGGAGAACUGUUUAAUGAAGCCAACACCUUCUACACGCGAGCCAACUCUCUUCAGGAUCGCAUCGACCGUUUGGCUGUUAAGGUCACCCAGCUGGACUCCAGCGUGGAGGAGGUCUCUCUUCAGGAUAUAAACAUGAGGAAGGGAUUUAAAAGUUCUUUAGUUCAAGACCAGCAGGUUUUGUCCAAGAGAAGCGUUUCAAACUCUGUGUCUGAAAUGUACAACACCUGCGACAAGCCCCCCCCUCUCAGUUCCCUCACCGCCUACAGGGAGGAUUCGACUGAUGCAAUGAAAUUCUACUCGGAUCCGUCUUACUUUUUUGACUUGUGGAAAGAAAAAAUGCUUCAAGACACUGAAGACAAGAGGAAGGAAAGAAGGAGGCAGCGGGAACAGAAGCGAUUUGUGGAGAGCAGCACUCUUCAGCGUGAGGUGAAGAAGGUGAGAAAGGCUCGAAAUCGCAGGCAGGAGUGGAACAUGAUGGCAUUCGACAAGGAGCUUCGUCCAGAUCACCGUCACCCACAGACUCUUCGCCGAGGAGCAUCGUCUGAGGGCUCGCUCUCACCGGACGGAAGGCCUGACCUCUUCGACUUCCCAGUCCCUCCUGUACCUUCCCAUGCUGCUUGUAACUACGCCAAGUCUCACGAUUACGUGCCUGGGAGCACCCACCCCUCCCCGCCUGUUGAGCAUGAAUACCACAGCAUUGAUGUAAACUACAAGAGAGUGACCUACGCCUCGGCCGAGCCUCACGCCACAGACCGGGUCAAUGGUUCAGUACGACCGCCGCAAGAUUACAACUCCGCCCACCCUCCCCCUGUCCCUCCUGGACCGCCCAUUCCGUCAGCCCAGACAGCCUUUGGAUUUCCUCUACCGCCGAUGCCAAAUAAUGGAGUCGUGCACGUAGGCCCAGGCUACCCACUUCCCCCGGUGCCUCCUCCAGGGCCUCGCAUGAUCCCCCCUCCCCCGGGUCCACCUCCUCCGCCCAUCCCACCCCCGGCUGUACCGCCACACCUAGCGGGACACGGCGACGGAAGGCCAGAGGGUAAACCGGUGCGAGAUGCCAGGAGUGACCUGCUGUCCGCCAUUCGCAUGGGCAUCCAGCUGAAGAAAGUCCAGGAGCAGCAGGAGCAGCAGAGCAAACGGGAGCCGGUGGGGAACGACGUGGCCACCAUCCUCUCCCGACGCAUUGCAGUCGAGUACAGCGACUCCGAGGACGACUCCGAACUCGAGGAAAAUGAGUGGUCAGACUGACCAGAC